GACAGUGGCAAUACAGCUAGUAAUGCAAGUAUUUUGGUCCUAAUAUUAUUACCAUCAGCUCAGUGCAGACUUCCUGUCUCCAGCCCAUUCUCGCUCAGCUUUAUUCCCCACUCACCCAACCACUCCCGCGGCGGCGCGUCACCCCCACUCUCCAACUCCACAGCUACUAAUAAAACACCUCACACUCACACUCACACUCUUAUCUCUCUACUUUCCCUUUCCUCUCUUUCUCCAACCAAAAACAGAAAGCACCACACACAUCUCUUAUGGCACCACCACUCUUGCUAAUACUCUCACUAAUCACCAUCUUUAAUCUCCCUUCUCUCUCACUAACCCAGCUGCUAAGCACCUCGUACUACCAGCACACAUGCCCGAGUUUCUCGCAGAUCAUGGAACAAACGACCACAAACAAGCAAAUCAACUCCCCCACCACCGCCGCCGCCACCCUGCGCCUCUUCUUCCACGACUGCUUCAUCGAAGGCUGCGACGCCUCCGUCUUAAUCUCCUCAACACAUUUCUCCAAAGCGGAGCGUGACGCCGACAUCAAUCUCUCCCUCCCCGGCGACGGCUUCGACGUCGUCAUCCGCGCUAAAACCGCGCUGGAACUCUCCUGUCCCGGCGUCGUCUCCUGCUCCGACAUUCUCGCUGUCGCUACCAGGAAUUUGGUCACUAUGAUGGGUGGUCCUUACUAUGAUGUGAAAUUAGGCCGUCGUGACGGCCUAAUUUCACUCGCUUCGCGCGUGGGAAGGAAUCUACCCACGCCCCAAAUGUCUGUUACAGAAACUAUAAAUCUGUUUAAAUCCCGAGGGUUUUCUGUACAGGAAAUGGUUGCGUUAACCGGAGCUCAUACCAUUGGAUUCUCGCAUUGCAAAGAGUUCAGCUCGGAUAUUUAUAAUUACAGUAGGAAUGCGCAGUCCGAUCCGAGUUAUAAUCCGAGAUUCGCAGCUGGAUUGCGAAAUGCCUGUAACGAUUACCACAAGAAUCCUACAUUGUCGGUGUUCAACGAUGUGAUGACUCCGAAUAAGUUUGAUAAUAUGUAUUACCAGAACUUGCCUAAGGGUUUGGGGAUUUUGAAGUCGGAUCGGCUUAUGGUUUCGGAUUCGAGAACGAGGCCGUUUGCAGAACUCUAUGCUCGAGAUCAGAAUGCAUUCUUUAAGGCAUUUAGAUCUGCAAUGCAGAAGCUUAGCUUGUAUGGUAUUAAGACAGGAAGGAGGGGGCAAAUUCGACGCAGGUGUGAUGAAUUUAAUUGAUCAAUUUGUGUCUGUUUUUUGUUCCGAUGAUGCACAAGCGAGGUGACUUCUUCUUCAUUCUAUUUAUUCUUCUUAUAUUCAUACACCAAUACCAUUAUUUUCAUUCCUCUUGUAGUCUUGUAUGAGCCUGAACAUAUACAAUCUAUAUAUUUUCAUUAAGCAAGAAUGAUGGAUGGAGUUAUGAUAUAUUCAUUUCCAACUA